AUGGCGCUGGGCUCGGCCGCGCUGCCCGCUCGGAACAUGGCGGGGGGCGGUCGGGGGGCGCGGGUCCUGCUGCUGCUGCUCCUCAGCGGCUGCUUGGGCGAGCAGCCCCCGGCCGCCGCCGCCGGCGUCCCCUCCGCCUCCUCGGCCGGGGGCAGCGGGGCGCCGGGCGACGCGGAGGAGACGGUGAUCAUCGGGCUGCGGCUGGAGGACACGGACGACGUCUCCUUCAUGGAGGGGGGCGCGCUGCGGGUGAGCGAGCGGACGCGGGUCAAGCUGCGGGUCUACGGGCAGAACAUCAACAACGAGACCUGGUCCCGCAUCGCCUUCACCGAGCACGAGCGGCGGCGGAGCGGGCGGCCGCCGGCCGAGCAGGAGGACGGGCCGCCGGAGGGCAGCUCCCCGCAGCGCUGCGGCAUCCGCACCUCGGACAUCAUCAUCCUGCCGCACAUCGUGCUCAACCGCCGCACCUCGGGCAUCAUCGAGAUCGAGAUCAAGCCCCUGCGCAAGACCGAGAAGAGCAAGUCCUACUACCUGUGCACCUCGGUGUCGGGCCCGGCCGCGCUGGGGGCCGCCGGCCCCCCCGGGGGCGGCCCGGUCGGGGCCGACGGCCCCGCCGGCCCCCCGCCCUGGACCGAGACCACCUGGAUCUACCACGAUGGCGAGGACACGAAGAUGAUCGUGGGCGAGGAGAAGAAGUUCCUGCUGCCCUUCUGGCUGCAGGUGAUCUUCAUCUCGCUGCUCCUCUGCCUCUCGGGCAUGUUCAGUGGCCUCAACCUGGGCCUCAUGGCCCUGGACCCCAUGGAGCUGCGCAUCGUGCAGAACUGCGGCACCGACAAGGAGAAGAACUACGCCAAGCGCAUCGAGCCGGUGCGCCGCCAGGGCAACUACCUGCUGUGCUCCCUGCUGCUGGGCAACGUGCUGGUCAACACCACCCUCACCAUCCUGCUGGAUGACAUCGCCGGCUCUGGGCUGGUAGCCGUGGUGGUCUCCACCAUCGGCAUAGUCAUCUUCGGCGAGAUCGUGCCGCAGGCCAUCUGCUCCCGUCAUGGCUUGGCCGUGGGUGCCAACACCAUCUUCCUCACCAAGUUCUUCAUGAUGAUGACCUUCCCAGCCUCCUACCCUGUCAGCAAGCUGCUGGACUGCGUGUUGGGCCAGGAGAUCGGCACGGUCUACAACCGCGAGAAGCUGCUUGAGAUGCUGCGGGUCACCGACCCUUACAACGAUCUGGUCAAGGAGGAGCUUAACAUCAUCCAAGGGGCGCUGGAGCUGCGCACCAAGACGGUGGAGGACGUGAUGACCCCACUCCGAGACUGCUUCAUGAUCGCCGCUGAGGCUGUUCUGGACUUCAACACCAUGUCUGAGAUCAUGGAGAGUGGCUACACUCGCAUCCCCGUCUUCGAGGGCGACCGCUCCAACAUUGUGGACCUGCUCUUCGUCAAGGACCUGGCCUUUGUGGACCCAGAUGACUGCACCCCGCUCAAGACCAUCACUCGCUUCUACAACCACCCGCUGCACUUUGUCUUCAACGAUACCAAGCUUGAUGCCAUGCUGGAGGAGUUCAAGAAAGGCAAAUCUCAUCUGGCAAUAGUACAGCGAGUCAACAAUGAAGGGGAAGGAGAUCCUUUUUAUGAAGUCCUGGGGAUUGUCACGUUAGAAGAUGUGAUUGAAGAAAUCAUCAAGUCUGAGAUUCUAGAUGAAACUGAUUUGUACACUGAUAACAAGACGAAAAAGAAAGUAGCCCAUCGGGACAGGAAGCAGGACUUCUCUGCCUUCAAACAGACAGACAGUGAGAUGAAGGUUAAAAUAUCACCACAGCUCCUCCUGGCAAUGCACCGUUUCCUGGCAACAGAAGUAGAAGCAUUUGGCCCAUCCCAGAUGUCAGAGAAGAUCCUCCUAAGGCUGCUAAAACAUCCUAAUGUCAUCCAGGAGCUGAAAUACGAUGAGAAGAACAAGAAAGCCCCAGAAUACUACCUCUACCAGAGAAACAAGCCUGUCGACUACUUCAUUCUCAUUUUACAGGGGAAAGUGGAAGUGGAGGCUGGGAAAGAGGGAAUGAAGUUUGAAGCUGGUGCUUUUUCCUAUUAUGGGGUGAUGGCCCUCACAGCAUCGCCAGUUCCCUUGUCCCUGUCUCGUACCUUUGUUGUCAGCAGAACAGAAUUAUUAGCAGCAGGUUCUCCAGCUGAAAACAAGUCACCCCCUCGUCCUUGUGGCUUGAACCAUUCGGACUCUCUAAAUAGAGGUGAUCGCAUUGAAGCGGUGACACCAACGUUGGGGAGCAGCAACAACCAGUUGAAUGCAUCUUUCCUUCAGGUGUACGUCCCAGACUACUCAGUGAAAGCACUCUCAGAUAUUCAGUUUGUCAAGAUCUCGAGACAGCAGUACCAAAAUGCCCUGAUGGCAUCCCGGAUGGACAAGACACCUCAGUCCUCGGACAGUGAAAACACUAAAAUCGAACUGACUCUUACGGAGCUGCGCGAUGGUUUGCCGGAUGAGACGGCAAACCUGCUGAAUGAACAGAACUGCGUGACACACAACAAGUCCAAUCACAGUAUGCACAGCGAAGGCUCCAUCUAG